AUGAUGGGAUUGUUGUCGUCGAUUCGCGGCAAGAAGGAGAAAGAGGUGCCGGUGAUCGCGUCGGGCAUCGGCUCCGCGCAAAUCGCGCCGAUCACGCCGAAAACGAAGAAGCUGGUGAUUCACGAGUGGCCCAAAUUGCUAUCGCAAUCGCCCGAUUUGUUCCAGGAGAUUUGGUUGAAAUCGGCGACGCGGAGCACGUCGAUCAAGCAAGCAUUUGGCAUGUCCGACAACGAGAAUCCCACAAACAACGCGGCGUUUCUGGGUCUCGCCACGACCAUUCAAGCCUACUUUCAUAAGCUGAUCGUCACUUAUGAGCUCAACGAUGAGCUUGUGCGCGACUCGUGCGUUCAAUUGGGCGCCCGCCACGUGGAUUUCACGUCGCGCGUCUUCCACUCGCACUUUUGGGACAUUUUUCUCGUGUGCAUGGCCGAGAAAAUCGAUGAGACGCUGUCGGCUUAUAUGUCGGACGAGGACAAAAAGAACGAGCUGAUCAUCGCUUAUCAGAGAGUCAUCAACGCGAUUGUUCAUCAAAUGCGCGCCGGCUAUUCGGACCGAAGAAAACAACAAAUGGGCGGAGUCAAGGCGGCCAACAACGAUUUUUAA